ACCUGCAAUACAGUUAAAAAAACACCUUCCCCUCCAACCCUCCUCUGACCUCAUUUCCACGCAAACUCUCUUCCUAACACACCUGACUGAAUUUCUUCCUUUGACUUCCUAUGUUUUCGAUAGGAAGCAUUAUAAUAACUGAUACCCAUCAUCGCAGUCACCUCUAGCAACACACAAACCACUUCUUCCAGCGCGAGCAAUGGAGAGCCUUCAACUAUCCCAGGUUCUUGCCGACCUCAGCAAUAUCGGCGCCGCCGAUCCGGGAGCCGCAGAGGCCAUCGUCAGCGCCAACAACCCCUCCAACUCUAGUUACACCCGAGUCGAAGUGACUGCAGCCGCAACUGCCCCUACCUCGAGUCCUACUACGAAUCAACAACGACGUCCCACAGGCUUACAGCGGCAUUGGUCGUCGGAGAAAUUCGACAAAUUCGGCCGCCGCAUUCUCUCUCCCGGUUCCCACUCCGGUUCAGCUGUAAACUCUAGCCCUGGAACUCCUCGCCGAGGCGAAUCUGAUUUCGAAGAAGACCUGGAGAGAGCAGGCACACUCAUGCAACUAUACGACAUUCGCUCCAAGAUCAAGCAGCAGGAUAACAGCAGUCUGCUCAGAGCUCGAGAGAAGGUCAACGCGAUAGCAGCGCGACAACAAGCUCAACAGGCCGCGGAACGCAACAUGAAGGCAGCUGACGAACUCCGACGACAACGCUACUCUUUCCCAAGAGCCGGCCUCUGAAGCGAAUGACCCUUACGAUUUCCUUAUAUCUCCUCACGACGGAUCACGGGCUCGUUACGAAAGGACAGGCGCUGGGUAAUAUCUGAUUGGUGUUUGCGGGAUGAUUUCUUUGACGGCGUUUGGGACAC